AUGGUUACCAAUCCCACUCUAUAUCCUCCUGAUAUUACUAUAACCAUGGUUAGCAAGACUCAUUAUUUUAGCGCAAACUGUAUGGGUAAUGAUGAAUGUCCAUUGACAUUAGAUGAUGCUGGCGGCGUUUUAGGACAUGCAUACUUUCCUGACUCUAGCGGCACCUGUAGAGAAAUCCAUUUAGAUAUAAAUGAACGCUGGUAUUUUGGAAAUAAUCCUAAUAUACCCAAAAAUCAAACUAGUUUUCUUAUGGUGUUGGUUCAUGAAAUUGGACAUGCCCUCGGCAUAGCACAUAGUGCUUCUCCGAAUGCUAUUAUGUUUGCCUUCUAUCAGCAUGAGAUUCGUGGUCUAGAUGUUGAUGAUAUAAAUGCAGUACAAUAUCUAUAUGGAAGAAAAAACAAAUAUGAUUCAAUCCCAAAGUCUACCACCGCAUCAGCAAUACCAAAAACAACAACAACAACUAUAAGAUCUACAACUCGUAAGCAGCCGAUCCUCAAAAAUUUGUGUGAUAUUAUUCCAGAUUUUAUGUUUUUAGCCAUUGCUCCAGAGUUUUCAAAUUACCGAUUAUAUAUUGCACAUGAUAUGUUUAUAUGGAAACUAGACUUAAACGAAAUGAUUAUCCCAUCUCAGCCUGAACUUCUUGUCGAUUAUGUUCCUACAGAAUUACGUCAAUACACUUUACAACAUAUUUUCCAAUCAACAAACGGUGACUUGAUUACCAUUGUGUCUCCAAACAAUAUUUCUCAGCAUCAUUCCCUACCAUUAAAUUUCUUGAUAAUUUUUCAAUUGAUAUACCCGAUAGGGCUCGAAUCAAUGCUAUUUUUCAAUCAAACGCAGGACGGUCCUAUACCUUUUAUAAUAAUAUGUCAUAUAUAG